UGUAAUCGAGUGCAAUCGAAAAUACAGACCACCCCUAGCUCUCAACGAACCGAUAUCAUUGUGAAAAUUUCUCUCGCCUGAAUUUGUUCGUUCUCGUGUUAAAAGUGACAUUUUGUGAAUAGUAUUUGUAAUUUGUGUUAAACGUUUAAAAAAACCUAAGUAAAUAUGGCCCGUACUAAGCAGACCGCCCGUAAGUCGACCGGAGGAAAGGCUCCUCGUAAGCAGCUGGCCACCAAGGCAGCCCGUAAAUCGGCGCCAUCCACCGGCGGAGUGAAGAAGCCCCAUCGUUAUCGUCCCGGAACCGUGGCUCUUCGUGAGAUCCGUCGUUACCAGAAGUCGACCGAGUUGCUCAUCCGCAAGCUGCCCUUCCAGCGGCUGGUUCGUGAAAUCGCCCAGGAUUUCAAGACCGAUUUGCGUUUCCAGUCAGCGGCCAUCGGUGCCCUGCAGGAAGCAUCUGAGGCGUACCUUGUGGGUCUCUUCGAAGACACCAACUUGUGCGCUAUCCACGCCAAGCGCGUGACCAUCAUGCCCAAGGACAUCCAGUUGGCGCGCCGCAUCCGAGGCGAGCGUGCUUAAGCUGGAUCACCUGCGCCGGAUUCGAUCACUGUCGUCCAUCCCCGAGCAGCAAACGGUUUUCAUUCACCUUUUGUUGUGGGAGAGGUGCCCGUCAAGAAGCUUCACCAGCGACACAUUGAUCCAAUCUAUCAUUCAUAUUUAUAUGUAUACAUUUAUCAUCCUUUUGUUGUUCAAUCGGAUCGUCCGAGUGGCGAUGUCGAUGCGAGAAAUACCACACACAAAACAACACACAACAUUACUGUAAUGCUUAAACAAUAUUUGUAACUCUUAUUAUUACUAUUAUAUAUUAGUUAUUAAGUUUUUUUUCUCGCCUGCGUGUCGACGGUUGGACCGUGUACGCUGCGCCAUGCACCUUGUCCUCUGAAUCCGGGUCCACCUCUUCGUUUGGAAGGGAAUUCCCCCGGGCAGCUGUCGUCGCCUGUCCGUCUGCAACAUCCGCCACCAACCACUCCAACAAUUGUCCAGCUGGCGGGCUUCGAUUUCCAGGUAAUCCGUGAUCUUUAAGGCGCCUGUCUCGCCUUCUUUCAUUCGAUCAAGGAGAGGCUCACCAACUGGCGGCCGGGAUGAGCGGAGCCUGGAGGUCGGGGCCAACCAAACGCCAGCUGGACGUGGCAAGGCGGACAGAUGGCGGCGGACUGCCUGGCGUGGAUUCCCGGAUCUCUGGAUGGGCGGCGAGGGCAUGACCAUCUGGCGAUGCAACCGGAGGCACGCGGCUUUUAUGAAGAUGAUAUCCAUAUAUAACACCGAAAACCGAAUCGAGUACACUUAACUUUACACUUACGUAUAUGCUUAUAUAUACAUAAAUACAUACAUAUAUAUAUAUAUAUAAAUACAUAUAUAUAUAAAUCUUUAUGGAAGCAAAAGCACUAGACAUUAAUACUCUUUCUUUUGUUCACCUUUCGUUACUGCAAAUCAUAUACAGAGCAUUAUAUAUAUAGAAGUUAUAUAUAUAUAUAUAACGAAGGGAUGGGCGUGACAGAGAUAGUUGAUUAAAUAAGAUUUUAGAUUUACAUGCAUUUUAUACGUUUAGGCGGACGAUGUCGAAGAAGAUGAAGAAGAAGAAUCGGGAGAUGAGAAAAGAUAUAAAGAUGAUUCAGCAAUCAAAUUAAAGUACGCAUCUAUAGAUUUGGAAGAGCAUCGAAUAAAAAUAACCAACACAAAAUCACAUAACAAUACACAGUAAAAGCCGAGCAGAGCAUUGAAUAUUUCCCAAUAUUUACAUAUUUGUAGUUUGAAACACGUGCAAAAUAAUCAAU